ACACGUCUCAAACCCACCAUAAUCAAGCAGAACCUGCUGGUGGUGAUCUCUGAAAUUGCUCAGUGAGCACACCUAAUUAACCUGAUUUUUUGCUGAUAAUCACUCACAAUGGAAUCAAAUCAAAAAUCCGGGGAUGAAAUGGCCGCCACACAGAAGGAAGCCUCAAUGCGUGCUCUGAUUCAGCGCACAGGAUAUAGUUUGACACAGGAAAAUGGGCAAAGAAGAUAUGGAGGUCCUCCUCCUGGGUGGGACGGCCCACCUCCUGAACGAGGAUGUGAGAUCUUUAUUGGCAAACUUCCCCGAGAUCUUUUUGAAGAUGAACUUAUACCAUUAUGUGAAAAGAUAGGAAAAAUCUAUGAAAUGAGAAUGAUGAUGGACUUCAAUGGAAAUAAUAGGGGAUAUGCAUUUGUAACAUUCACUAACAGACAAGAUGCCAGAAAUGCAAUCAAGCAGCUCAAUAAUUACGAAAUUCGAAAUGGGAGAUUGUUAGGGGUCUGUGCCAGCGUGGACAAUUGUAGAUUAUUUGUUGGUGGAAUCCCAAAGAGCAAAAAGAGAGAAGAAAUCCUAGUUGAGAUGAAGAAAGUCACAGAUGGAGUCAUUGAUGUUAUUGUCUAUCCCAGUGCUGCAGACAAAACUAAAAAUCGUGGGUUUGCCUUCGUAGAAUAUGACAGUCACCGGGCGGCAGCUAUGGCAAGACGAAAGUUAUUACCAGGACGAAUUCAGUUAUGGGGUCAUCCAAUUGCAGUGGACUGGGCAGAGCCAGAAGUUGAAGUUGAUGAAGAUACAAUGUCAUCAGUUAAGAUUUUAUAUGUCCGAAAUCUUAUGCUCACAACAACAGAAGAGGCAAUAGAGAAAGAAUUCAAUAACAUCAAACCAGGCGCAGUUGAACGUGUAAAGAAAAUUAGAGAUUAUGCCUUUGUACAUUUUAAUAAUCGCAAUGAUGCAGUGGAAGCAAUGAAUGCAUUAAAUGGCAAGAUUAUAGAUGGCUCUCCUAUAGAAGUAACCUUGGCUAAACCCGUAGACAAAGACAGUUAUGUAAGAUAUACAAGAGGAACAGGAGGAAGAGGUGGUGCCGUACAAGGAGAAUAUGCCUACACGAUAGGCCAUGUCUAUGACCCAACUACGGCAUAUCUUGGAGCACCUGUGUUUUAUGCGCCACCCACCUACACUGCGACCAUCCCCAGCUUCCAUUUCCCUGCUGCCAAAGGCUUUGUCAAUAACCGCGGCCUCAUCCGACCUCCAUCCGUCAGAGAAAUUUACAUGAGUGUACCUGUAGGGGCUGCAGGCGUUAGAGGACUGGGAGGACGGGGAUACCUGGCAUAUACUGGCCUAGGAUACCAGAUGAAAGGAGACAAGAGAGGAGAAGAGAAGCUUUAUGACAUUUUACCAGGAAUGGAGCUUACCCCUAUGAGUGCUGUUGCUUUAAAACCGCAAGACAUCAAACUGGCACCACAGGUUCUGGAAGAAAUUUGCCAAAAAAACAAUUGGGGACAACCUGUUUAUCAACUACACACUGCAGUUGGUCAAGACCAAAGACAGCUGUUCCUGUAUAAGAUUACAAUUCCCCUCCUGGCCAGCCAAAACCCUGCAAUACACCCAUUUACACCUCCAAAACUCUGUAUGUCAGUGGAUGAAGCAAAAAACUAUGCAGCAGAUUAUACACUUCAGACCUUGGGAAUUACGACUGAAACAGCAGAACCGCCAGCAACCUUUGCAGGAUACGCCAUAGCCAGCUCUCCAGCAGCAGUGGCCGCCACACAACUGAAACAAGCUGUGGCCUUGGGACAAGACCUUGCAGCCUAUGCAGCUUAUGAAGCCUAUCCUGCUUUUGCCUUGGCAGCUCGAGGAGAUGCGUAUGGAACAUUCUAAGAAUUCACUUUACUCCAAGUAGAAAACCAUCCUGUGUGCAAAGAAUGUGAAUGAACAAUCGGGUUUUAUUAUUAUUUUAUUGUAUUUUGUUCCAUAUAUCCUACAUCCCCUAUGUCAAUUAGUUUUAUGUCAUGAAAUGGUUAUUGUUGAGUUAUUUUGUUGUAGUUUUUGUAGCUAUUUUAUACUUCAUGUUUGAUGGUCCUCUUCAUAAAUGCAGAAUUUUUGACACUUUUUGAACAUUAUUCUGCAGGCUAAGCCUUAAAUACUUUGGAGGACUUUAAGUAUUUUAACAGACACAUGUUUUAGGAUUAUCAGGUUUAUCAGUAUCACCUUACAUAUACUUGUCUAUUUUAAGUGAAAAAAUAAAUUUUACUACCUGGAAACAUGGGGACACCCAAAGUUCAGUGCGAUUAGGAAAGUCAAGAGUUCACAUUCAU